AUGGCUGAUGAACCUCGAAGGUCCGUCCGCGCGACCAAGGGGCAGCAUACAAAGAGCUUGGAUCUUCUUGACCAGCCCGCCGAACCGAAAAAGAAAGCCAUCAAAAAGUCGGCCAAGAAAGCAGACAAGACCGAUGAUGAGGAGGUCGAGGUCAUUCGAUGUCCCUGUGGCGCCCGAGAGACAGGAGACGACGAAGGAGAGCCGUGGAUCGCCUGCGACAACUGCGGCGUCUGGCAACAUAACGUUUGUGUUGGAAUUAGUCGUUUCACCGAAGACGCCCCUGAUAAAUACCUUUGUGAGAAAUGCGACCCCCUAUUUCCUCUCCACAAGGAGCUCCUCGACGGUUUGAAGAAAGGGAAAAGGCUUUGGGUGGAGAGAAGGCGACAAUAUGAACAGGAGCUAGCAGAGGAGGAGAAGCAGGGCACAAAAAAGAAGGGAAAAAAGGCCAAGGGCAAGAGACCAAGCGAUCAGUCAGAGCUCAGCAAUGCCGCAAAUCGCAAGGCCGAGUCGCCCUCACUGCCCGUCGCUGCGGAGAAGAAGGAAAAUGUUGCUCGGUCUGGAAGUACGAAGAGAAAAAUACGGGAUGAAUCUCACGAUAAGGAGUCAGUGAAGGAGCCCGAAGCAAAGGUCCGGAAAGUUUCCACAGGACACACCACUCCACAGCAGAAGUCGCCUCCCUCCGACCUGCCUGUUAGGAUCGGAGACCUAGGGCAUGCUAGACAAGGGACUGCGAAGUUGAUCUUCAAGAACCUACAGGUUACCGUGCAGUCGGCAGUCCAGGACGGUGACCAUGCCUUAAACGUCGGCGACACUGUUGACACGAAAGCCGAGCGUCUCGCUCUUCAAAUCGAGGACGCUGUCUAUUCUACCCAUCCCGACAAAUCCGCAUAUUCGAAGCAGGCGCGCACCAUUGCAUUCAACCUCAAGCAGAACCAAGAAUUAUGCAACGGUCUCCUCAACAGAACUCUUGCACCAAGUGCUCUGGCAGUGAUGAGUUCGGAUGACAUGGCCAGUAGGGAACUGAAGCGCGAAACGGCCGAGAUGAAAGCACGAGCUGAGAAGCAAUCUAUUAUGGUCGCGGAUGACAAUGCUCCACGAGUAAGAAGAACACACAAGGGCGAGGAAGUCGUUGAGGGUGAUAAUUUUGCUAUUCCGAACGAUAUUACCGUCUCCACAGCCCACCAACGAACCGUACCCGAUCCCGGUUCACAUAUAGUGGCCCAAUCUCGAGAAAACUCGCCGGACAAUGGGGUUGAACUCCCCGAACAUAUCGAUAGUCACCGGACCUUCCAUGAUAUGCAAAGCAAGCAACCGCUUACAAUCGAUACAAAGCCAGGACAAGCCCAGACAAGAAAGACAUCCAUGCCAGCCGAUUUUGAUAUCAACAAAGUAUUCUCAAGCGUCCAGUCCCCUGUUAGCACCCAGCAUGGUCGGAAACUGUCCACCAAUGUCGCUCCGCCGUUGAAUGGCCCAGGCGUAGACCCGGAAAUCGACAAGUUGCUGCAAGAUGAUGAGGGCAACGAAUCCCCUCCGUAUUCGCCAGCCGAGUAUGAUUCUAACCCGGACAUCGUUUGGCGUGGAGCCGUCACAAUGGAUUCGAUUGCGAAGUUUUCGGCGGUGGCCAAACAUAUUGGUGGUGCUGAUUUGAGUAAUAAGAUUCCGUGGACCGACAUCCUUCAAAAGGAGCUCAAGAUUGCUGGGCGUAUUGAUCAGGAGAAAGCCAACGAGUAUCUGUGCAGUCUCCGAUACAGCCCCCCCACGGACGUUGUCAUUGUGGCUGUCACCCCAACGGGCGAAGCAGCGGCGCAAGGAUACCAGCAACUGUUUGACUAUUUCCAUAGCAAGAACAGAUACGGCGUACUGACAAAUAAAGGCGUUGGAAAUAUUCGCGACACAUAUCUAGUUCCUGUUCCACCCAGCCCUGGCCAUCUCCCAGACUUUAUCAUAAAUCUUGAGGGCCAUAGAGUACCAGAGACUCGGUUGGAGCCAAUGAUUGUUGUGGCUCUCGUCAUCCGCUCAGAAUGGUAUCCUGAUCAUCCCCGCAGUUUUGAUGGCAGCCCUGACGCUCAAAGCCCGUCCAUCACGGGUCAUCCGCAUCGUCAAAUGUCCAUCAGUGGUGCGCCUCCAUCUAUGUCGCCGAUCGCACCUCAAGGUAGCACUCUCCCUACUCCGCCGAUCCAGCAGAGUCCCCUAUUCAACACCGAAGAAGGUCAGCACCGACAACAGGCUGAAGAGCAGAGACAGCGCGAAGGUGAAGCUGUUGCUGCGAGGAUCUUGGGCCCGCAUAUAAACGCUCCAACUGUAGCUUUCCUGAUGCCUCAAGCAUUUCAGAUGCGGCCGCUCGAGUGGGAAGUCAUCAGAGAUAUCUUGGAGAAGGACCCUGUUGCUCAACAAAAUUUGCAGCAUCUAAGUCAGGUUUUAGAAACCAGAAUGGCGACAGAAAAUCCAAGGCAGGGGUGGGAUGACCGCCCGCCCGAGCAGCGCUCAGGAGAAAACUAG